AUGUUCUCCUCGUCGAAUUCCUACCUCGGCGGUGGUGGUGCUGGCCGCCCAGGCCAGGCACCAUUCAUGCAGCAGCAACAGCAGCAGCCCUCAUACUCGCAAUUCCCCCAGGGCCAACAGCAAGCCCCAAUGCAACAGCCACAGCCAACAGGAUUUGCGCCUCAGCCUACUGGUUUCGCCGGACAGCCCUCGCCAUUCGGUAGCGCACAGCUUCAACCCCAGGCUACCGGAUUCCCCGCGGGCCAGCUCCAGCCGCAGUUCACUGGCUUCCCUGGCCAACAACCACAGCAGCAGCAACCUCAGCUGCAACAGCAACAGAGCUUCCAGCAGCCUCAAUAUACCGGAUACCCUCCUCAGAACCAGUCGCAGCCGCAAGCCCCGCAACUCCAGGUGUCGCAACCCACGGGCCUCCCUACUCGCGUGAAGACGUCGUCCGAGAUUGCGAACUCCUUCCAGAUCGAUGGCGCCUCUGGACCUCCUCCCCAGGUCCCGCCGAAGACUGGUUCCAGAAUCCCGAGCAUCCGACUGUCGUUCAUUACUGCGCAGGACCAGGCCAAGUUCGAGCAGCUCUUCAAGUCAGCGGUUGGUGAUAGCAAGACGAUGGAAGGCGACAAAGCAAGAGACCUCUUGAUGCGCUCGAAACUCCCCGGUAGCGACCUCUCCAAGAUUUGGGUGUUGUCAGACUCCACCAAAUCGGGCCAGCUCUUCUUCCCCGAAUUCGCACUGGCCAUGUACCUUUGCAACCUGCGUUUGACCGGCCGCGAGGUUCCCGGGGCGCUGCCCGAGACAAUCAAGAAUGAGGUUUCCAGCAUGGUCGAUAUUAUCUCCUUCGAUGUGCCCGACACCCAGCCCGAGCCUGCCCCGCGCACCAACGCCCCCAGCUUCGAUGCGCCACUGCUGGAGAACAAGUCAACCCCUCCGAUCGUCCAGCAGCCUCAGCCUCAGCAGGCCAGCAACCAGCAGCUUCUGUCGCAGCUGACUGCCCAGCCCACUGGAUUCUUCCCUCAGCAGGCCGGCCUGCAGCCCCAGCAGACAGGCUUCCCCGGACAGAAUCAGUCGCAGUUCCUCCAGCCACAACAGACUGGAUUCCUGACCAACCCGCAGGCUACGGGGUACACUGGACCUCGCCCUCCUAUGCCUCCUAUGCCUACUGGAUUUGGAUCGAAUCUCAGCCCCGCACAGACUGGUGGAUUGGCCGUUCAGCCUACGGGGUUGACUGCCCAGCCCACCGGCAUUCCCGGACAGUGGGGCUUCAUCAACACCCCCGCGCAGGGAUUGCCCAACAUUGAGGCCAUGAAGCAACAGCUCAUGCCUCAGCCUGGCCGCGAGGGUGGUUUCACUACUGCCAACCUGUCUGGUAACGCUACCGUUGCCUGGGCUAUCACCAAGGAAGAGAAGAAGAUUUACGACGACCUCUUCCGUGCUUGGGAUGGUCUUCGCAAGGGUUUCGUCGGUGGUGAGACCGCCAUCGAGAUUAUGGGACAGAGUGGAUUGAACCGCAAGGAUCUCGAGCGCAUCUGGACCUUGGCAGACCCGCACAACCGUGGCCGUCUCAACAUGGAUGAGUUCGCCGUGGCUAUGCAUUUGAUCUAUCGUGCUUUGAACGGAUACCCCGUUCCUAGCCGUCUGCCCCCUGAACUUAUUCCCCCCUCCACGAGGCACUUGAAUGAGUCCAUCGGUACCGUCAAGUCCCUUUUGUCACAGGAUGCUGAGAACCGCAAGGCCACAGGAGCUUUCUUGCAGCCCCAGAAGACCGGCGUCAGUUAUCUCAAGGACCACUCCUUCCGCGGCGGCGGUGCUGCCUCUGCUGGCACCGGACGCAAAGAUGCGACAAUGUUCAAGAAUAACGACGCAGCUGGUGGCUACCGUUCUAGUGCGCGUCGCCGUCAACUGCAGAAGAAGAUCCGUGAGGCUAAGAUCAUGCUUGACGCCGUUGACUUCCAGGACGAGAACCGUGCUGAGGAUGACGAUGCCCUCGAUCGUCAGGACCGCCGUGAGGCUGAGAGCCUGAUGGACCGAAUUCGUCGCGUUCAGGACGAUAUUGACACUCACCCGAACGCUGCAUUCCGUGGACUUGACAAUGGAGCGGAGCGUCGAUCACUCCGUCGCCAGCUACAGGCUUACGAGGAUCAAGUCCCCCAGGUCGCGUCUGAUGUUCGCCGUCUUGAGCGUGAGAUUGCCGAUGCUAAGCUUGAGCUCUUCCGUCUCAAGGAUGCUAAAGCUCACCCUGGCAGCGCCGGCAACAUUGUCGGUACCGGUCCUGGUGGUUUGAUCACCGAGGCCGAUCGCAUCAAGGCUCGCGCCCGUGCCCGCAUGCAAGCUCGUGCUGCUGAGCUUGCCGGCCGUCCUGCUCCUGCAGGCGCGGAUGAUGAUGGUCAAGCUGCUCGCCGUCUGGAGGCCGAGAACAACAACGUGAAGGCCGAAAGGGAGCGCAACGACACCAUGACUCGGGACGUUGAGGAGAGUGUUCGUGACUUUACCAAGAGUCUCGAGGACAGCCUCCGUGACCAGGGUGAGAACUCUACCCGCGAGCAUGAGAAGCGUCGCUGGGAGGAUGCCCUGGGUGUGGAGGAUACUAUUCGUGAUUUCAUCUACGAUCUCGGCCGCAACAGCCGGACUGCUCACAUCCGUAAGGAAGAGCGUGAACGACCUGCUGCGGAUUCAAGCGCUCAGUAUCGCUCCCCUGCCGAGUCGCCCGCUGCUCGUCCUUCUAUGCCACCUUCCACUCCCUCUACGGGCUCAUACCCUGGAAACACACACGAGGAUCGUGUGGCAGCCGCGAGAGAGCGCGCCCAGAAGCGCAUUGCUGAGCGUAUGGCCGCUGCUGGCCUGAAGCCCAAUGACGCUACUGAGACUUUGUCGCAGCGACAGGAGAGGGAGAAGCGUGAGCGCGAAGAGCGUGUCAAGCGUGCCGAGGAGGAAGAUGCUAAGCGCGAGGCUGAGCGACAACGCCGUCUGGCUGAAGAGCGUGGUGGUCCCGCCCCAGCUGUCUCUAAGACUGCUGGCAAGAAGCCACCUCCUGCGCCGCCUACUCGCCGGGCUCGCACCGAUAGUGCCGGUCAAGCCGAUUCGAAGAAGGCGGAAGAGGUUGCUCGUGAACAGGCUAUUAAGGAGGAGCAAGAGGUUCAGGAGGCUGAGACUAAGCGUCUUGAGGACGAGGCCAAGCAGCGCGAGGAGGAAUAUCAGAAGCAGAAGGAAGCUCAGGAUGCUAAGCUACGUGCUCUUGAGGAACAGGUUCGACAGGGCAAGAUCAAGAAGCAGGAAGAGAAGCGUCGGAGGGAAGAAGCUUCCCGCCAGGCCAAGGAGCAGGAGGCUAGACUCGAGGCCCAGCGUGCCGAGCUUGAGGCUGCCAAGGAACGUGAGCGCCAGUUGCAGCGCGAGCUGGAGGGUAUGGAUGAGGAUUCUUCAGAUGAUGAAGGCCCUAUCAAUAUUACCCCUCAGGACAGCACUCCUACGCAGAGCCAAGUUCUGUCUGCUCCUCCCAUUCCUACCAUCGCUGUCCCCGAGCCCGUUGUCUCUGCGCCUGCUCCAGAGGCCGAGAAGGUUGUCAGCCCUGACAGCUUCCCAGCCACUACACCCGAUGCCGAGUCGAAGAACCCUUACUUCAAGUCCCUGGGCCAACAGCCCUCCGAGCCGGCCACCUCGCCACCAGCUGCUCAUUCCACCAACCCCUUCCACCGUCUCGCCCAGCAAGAGAAGCAGGAACCCCUCAAGCCCACUUUCACCGGAGCCGUUCCCUUGGAGCGCAAGACCCGUGCCCGGCCUGAAGAUGACGAUGACUGGUCUGCCGCUGGCUCCGAGUUCGAUUCCUCUGAUGAGGAAGACGAUCACCCCGGCGGCGGCAGUGCCAAGCAGCUUGCCAGCAUCUUGUUCGGCACCAUGGCCCCUCCUCGUCCCCUGAGCGCCAUGGAUGAAGACAAGUCCGUUACCCCAGUGCAAGCCAGCCCUAUCGCUCCUCCCCCUCCCCCUCCACCCGCAGCCGUUUCACCCCCUGCAGUUGAAGAAGCUUCUUCUCCAGCUCCUCCAGCUGGCAUUCCCCCUCCACCACCACCUCCUCCUGCCACUGGAGCCCCAGCUGCCGCUCCUCCCCCUCCCCCUGUUGGCGGAGCCCCUGCCGCACCACCACCACCGCCUCCUCCAUUUGGAGCCCCCGCUGCGCCCCCUCCACCACCUCCUCCAUUCGGAACCCCCGCUGUCGCGCCCCCACCACCUCCCCCAGCCGCGGGCGGGGCCGGCGGUGAACGAUCCGCGCUCCUCGCCUCCAUCCAGGCGGGCAAGGGUCUCCGGAAGGUGCAGACCAACGACCGUAGCACGAGCUCCUCAGCUGGUCGUGUGCUGUGA